GCCUCGGGGACUUUGCCUCCAGCCCGCCGAGCGCGGCGCCCAUCCCGCGGCCCCCGGCUCCCGCUGCCAGUCUCUUGGCCUGCUGCCACGGCCGGUGCGUGGAGCAAAAAGAAAAGUUCCUAAACAGCAAAGUUUCAACAGGAAUAGCCUGGUCCCAAAGGAGUAGACUGAAGGCCAGCACAGUUCCAGCAGAACAGUCGGUUCCUAAAAAAGGAGUCAGACCAAAGGCCAGACAAGUACUCUCAGAAAGGAUAAGUCCUUAAAACAGGUCCCAUAUAAAGCCUGGAAAGCUCAAGCAUCGAGCACAGAAUUCGAAAUCCAGAAGAAAACUUACCCUCAAACUUCAAGGCUGCUGACUUGGGACACCCACAAAGCCGGAAGCAAAUCGGAGCCCUGCCAGGCCACCUGUGCCAUGGAUUGUAAGGUCAGCAAUGGUCCAGGCCUCCAGGAUGAGCACAUCACAAACUUGCUGGUGUUUGGCUUCCUCCAAAACUGCUCCAACUCUAAUUUCCACAAAGAGUUGGAGGUGUUGGGCCACGAGGUGUCCAUGCCAGCUUACCUCCAGGAGGACUACGACGAUGGGCUGCAGACAGACGGCAACCGGUGCAGCUACUUCCUGGAAAGUGGGGAGAGAGAUUCUCAGGGUCAAGAAGAAAUCAUCCAGGAUAUCGCCAGGCAGCUCGCCCAAAUAGGGGACGAUAUGGAUCACAGCAUCCACCCAGGACUCAUGAAUAACCUGGCAAUGCAGUUUAUGAAUGUGAACCUGUCGGAAGAAGACAGAAGGAAGUCCCUCACCGCUGCGCUGGAGCAGGUCAUGCAGACUUACCCUAUGGACAUGGAGGAGGAGAAGACCAUGCUGAUCUUGGCCAUGCUCUUGGCCAAAAAGGUGGCCGAUCACACACCAUCCUUGCUCCGUGAUGUCUUUCGCACAACAGUGAACUUUAUUAACCAGAACCUAUUCACCUAUGUGAGGAACUUAGUCAGAAAUGAGAUGGACUGAGCGGACCCCUCUGGCAAAGCACGGCUGGUUAAAACUUGACGUGGUGACGACAGCACAGCUGCCUGCGCAGAGAUGGAGCCGUGGCCAUAGAAACACAGUGCUUAGAAAAGAUAGGCAUGAGAUAAUAGCUAUUUAUUUCUAUUUUAAAGAUUAUGUUUUAAGCGGGUGAUCCAUUUAGAAUCUUUACAUUAACAUACUUGAAUGAAAAUGUCAACCUGCACAUAUUUGAAUGAGUUUCAUACCAUCCUCUAAGUCCACUGCACAUUGUUGCCUUUAUCUUAUUUCAGUUGUACUGGUCUUCACUUGAAAAUUAAAUUUAAGAACAGAUUGUAAGGCAGAAGGAAAAAAAAAAACAAUGUUUUUUUUGUUUUAAAAAACCUCAGCUUUACUGUUUAAUAUAUUAAAGUGCAACCUUGGGGCAUGGUCUUAACAGCAGGCAAGAUCGUGUUUGAGGAGAACAAGGAGCGGAGACGGAUGCACAUACCCUCACAAAUGAAAAAUUCCUCUCAAAAUAGGGAACAUCGUAAUACUAAGAAGUAACAGUCUUCCCAAACAGUACAAGAGGGCUAAAGUUCUCUACUCAGUAAGCAAUGGGAAAAUUAGUCCUCAAAACAUGGGAUUUUUUUUUAACUUGAUUUCCUUUUAUUGACUCAAGAAGGACCCAUAGGCAAUUAAAAGGUGUGGAGGUGAUUUAAGGGCCCAAGACAACCACAGUUUCCAAAGUCAGGUAACUCAGUGCAUUUUUUCUCUUUCCAAGAAGUCAAAGCUUUGAUAAAAAUGUUAGACUGAUGGAGUACCAGAGGCUACUGCAUACAUCCUGUGGGGAAACAGGUUAAUAAUCUUACGUAUUCAUUUCUCCCGUAUCCCUCAGCUGAUCUUGCCCAAGAAGCUACGUCAAAGAAAACAGGCUUCUAAACAUAUAAAAGAUGAAAGACCAGUUAGAUUUUUUAAAAUUCAACAGUUGAGGUGGUUCCCUUUCUUAGGGACACGGUCAGAAUGCAAGUAAUACCAAAAUAAGUCACUUGGGAAGUGCCAAAAUAAACCAGGAGAGCUUACGUUUAGAAGCAGUGCAACACUGGUCUGUUGUUUCCAGCAAUCAGCAUUUCCUAGGAUUCUCUUUAAAAGUAUGAUGGUGGAUGCUGGGUUUAUAUCACACACAUUACUGUUUCACUUACCAGUAACACUGCUGUUACUAUGAAUGUGACACUUUGGGGAAGGAUACAAACAGGAGUAAUUAGGUGCUAAGAAAUAGUGUCUUGUUACCAAAAACACUUUUCUGUUCCUUGAGAGUUUAAUCAGAAAGGAAAAAUGAGGGGCACCUGGGUGCCUCAGUGGGUUAAGCGUCCGCCUUCAGCUCAGGUCAUGAUCUCAGGUCCUGGGAUCAAGUCCUGCAUCAGGCUUCCUGCUCAGUGGGGCGGGGGGGUGUCUGCUUCUCACUCUCACUCUGUUCUCUCUCAAAUAAAUAAAAUCUUUAAAAAAAAGAAAAAGAAAAAUGACUACAUUGUUCAGCGUUAAAUACAUACCGCACUAGGGCUGGGUUGCAACCUGAUUAUCUGCAAUAUGUUACAAAUACUAAAAGCUGUGCAGUAUGAAGGCCACCGUUUGGAAAUAAAUCUUCCAGUAAAGCUGU